UACCAAUUUUUCCUAACUUAAAAUUUUAUUUGUGUUAAGAAAAUGUCGAGACAACAACAAAACCAAGCUACGAUCAUCAGAGAUUUGCUAAGGGUGGUACAAGAUUUGGGUAGGCAACAAGCACAGGGUGGUCCCCAUGGUACAAAUGCUAACAACACUAGCUCAAUUGUGGAAUAGUUUUGUCGCUACAAACCCCCAACAUUCGAUGGCAAGACAUACGCACUAGCAGCUGAAGAAUGGAUAAGAGGAAUGGAGCGAAUCUUCAAACAUCUAUCUUGCACUGAUGCUCAAAAGUUGUUAUGUGCAGAAUUUAUGUUGGUUGACGCGGCAGGCCAUUGGUGGGAGUCAGCAUCUUGUACUAGAACAGAAGCACAACAACGUGCUCUGACUUGGACGCAAUUUAAGGAGGAGAUGAUGGGAAAAUACUUCCCACAAGCCCUGAGGGAUCGUAAAGAGACAUAAUUCCUUCAACUCAAACAGGGAAAGAUAAAACUUGAAGAUUAUGAGAGAAAGUUCAAGCAACUCUCUAGGUAUGCACCACACCUAGUAGACACAGAGGUAAAAAAAGCAAGGAGGUUCGAAUUGGGAUUGCGCCCUGAGAUUGGUGGAAUAAUGGCAUCACACCAAUUCACUAUCUAUAGCCAAGUAUUGCAAACUACCCAGGCAAUCUCAAAUAGAUUAGAGAUUGACCAAACUUCCCAGCAAGGAGCCGAGUCUUCAGGAAAGCGGAAAUGGAAUGGGUCCAAUGAAGAAAAAGGAGGACAGAACAAGAAAGUCAACAUUGGAUCAAAUUUUGGACGAGUCAUUUCACCCUGUUCAAAGUGCAACAGGAUGCAUGGUGGGGAAUGUUUGUUCGGGAAACAUGUGUGCUAUCGAUGUGGCAAAACGGAUCACAUUUCCAAAAAUUGCAAAGAAGAUCCCUUAAAGAAGAAUGAUGAACCAGAAAAGAAGGGAAAUGCCCGAGUUUUUGCUUUAGCCCAGGAACGAACAACAAAGGACCCAAAUGCAGGUUAGUUUGAGUCGAUUCGAACAAUAGUGAUUUGGUGAUGCGGGCUGCCAAGUGGAUAAAGAAUAGAGAAAAAGAAAUAAGUUUGUCGUUUUAAAUUUACCAGUUAGUUUAAUU